ACGCAAUUAUUAUUUGUUUUUAGAUUUUAAACAAAUUUAGAAAGGGGUUAAGAUGUCUAGCAGAUGGUUUCAUUCUAACAUUAAUGGCAAAGAGUCAGAAGAGAUUUUGUUAGAAUCAGGUGUAGAUGGGAGUUUUCUAGUGAGACCUAGUACCAGUAAAGUUGGAGAUUUUACCAUUUCCGUAAGAUACAAUGGCGAAGUAACUCAUAUUAAAAUACAAAAUGAUGGGGAUUGUUAUUGCUUGGCAGGUAGUCCUGAUCCAUUUGCUACACUCCAUGGUUUGGUUCAGUAUUACAUGGAUACACCAAAAUCUAUUAAGGAAAGAUCUGGUGGCUUUAUUGAACUUUUGUAUCCAGUUCGUUCAAAUGACCCUACAACCGAAAGGUGGUACCAUGGUCCCAUUAGCUCAAAAGAAGCUGAAAGAAUGUUAUUGGCAAAAGGUCGCCAAGGUAGUUACCUUGUUCGAGAGAGCCAAAGUCAGCCCGGACAGUAUGCGUUAGCUGUACGAUGCAAUAAUGGUAUUCAACAGAUUAUAAUACGACACCGAGAAACAAAAUAUGAUAUAGGGUCUGGACCUACUUUUUUAAGUUUAAGGGAACUUGUUGAAUACUAUGUGCAGAAUCCAAAGUUGCAUGAUAUAAAAGAUCAAUCUCCUAUAAAACUGAGAGAGCCAUUCCAAAGCACAAGUUUUAUUGCAUCAUCUGUUGAAGAACGUAUGGAAGUCCUGAUGAAAGAAAAUCCAAAAGGUGCUACUGGUUUUCGCGAAGAGUUUGAGCAACUUCAAAGAUUUGAUCACAACGAUGGUGUAUAUACUUGCAGUGAUGGUCAAACAGAGGAAAAUAAGUGGAAAAAUAGAUAUAAAAAUAUUUUGCCAUAUGAUCACUCCCGAGUCAGGUUAAAAGGUGGCAAUCCGAAAGAUAUUGGAAGAGAUUAUAUAAAUGCAAAUUAUAUUGAUGUUGAGUUACAAAGUUGGAAAGUAAAGUAUAUUGCUUCCCAGGGUUGUCUACCGUCUACAAUAGGCGAUUUUUGGAAAAUGAUAUACCAGCAUAACUCUUCCAUCAUUGUCAUGUUAACGAACGAAGUAGAGGCUGGCAAAAGUAAAUGUGCAAAAUAUUGGCCAAAUUUAGGCCAAUCAGUAGAAUAUGAUAAGAUAGUUGUUGAUAAUAUGUUGGAACAUAAAACCAAAACAUUCACAAUGCGCGAGCUAAGGAUAUAUCACUCUGAUAAGGCUAAAAAAGCUCCACUGAUGGUUUACCAGUAUCACUUUACUGAUUGGCCGGAUCACGGUGCACCUGAUGACCCUGGCGCUAUUCUUGGUUUAUUAAAUGAGAUUCACACAAAGCAUGACUCGUGCGGACGAAAUGCACCUAUUGUUGUACAUUGCAGUGCUGGUAUCGGUCGAACAGGUACUGUGAUGGUAAUUGACGUAUUGAUGCAUCUCCUUGACGAAAAAGGAUUAAACACGGAGAUUGACAUCAAGAAAACAGCUCAACUUUUGCGUACACAAAGAUCUGGAAUGGUGCAGACCGAGAUGCAGUACCGUUUUGUUUAUCAAGCAAUCAAACAUUUUAUUGAUACAGAAGGGAAACGAAUCGCGGCAAAAAAGGACAUGACUACCUCUGGCCGACCGUCUUAUGGAAAUAUCGAUUUCUCCAAGCCUCGAACUCCUCUAUCUGAAGACGCGCAGUCUCCAACAAAUCCUCGCACAUUGCUACCAGGAAAACCCGUACCACGCCCUCCUUCAUCAUCUGUAAGAGAACCCAAGACUUCUCCACAAAGAUCAAAUGCACUGAGGAGGCAAACUGAACCAUCAAUAUCAGAAGCUCAUAAAAAGCCGAAACCUUUACCUCCUCUAAGUUGAACAAGUUGUAAAUGAAUAAAAGCUUGCUGGUUGAGCUUGGUAAUUAAAUUGUCGAUUCAACUGCUUCCUCUACCAUAUUGGAUGGCCUACCGUAUUGUAUGCGAUAUAUUUUCUACAGAAAUUUGUUUAUAAUUAUUCAGCUAAUUUAACCUGAGAAUGUUUAUUUAGAAUUUUGAUGCAAAAUGUUUUUUUUGGUGUUUUUUAUAUCCUAGCUAUUUUCAGCUUCUUUUACAAUAUUUUAUAAGGUUGUAAUAUGUUGAAAUUUUAUAUGAUUUUAUAUUCACGAGUAGAUUUAUUGUUGACAUGAAGAAGUAAGUUUUUGUCUAAUCAUAUCUCGUAGCUAGACGUUUUUCUCUAGAUCUGUAUACAGCAUUUUAUUGUUGUUCAAUUCAUCAACCUUACCAUCAAAUAAUGAUGCAUAAAAUUUCGUGUAGUUUAAAUAAGAUUUUGUCUUUUAUGAUCUUUUUUUUAAAUGUUUGAAUCCCUUCGAUUUUGUAGUACUUUUUAUUAUUCCUGCUUUUUCAAAGUAUUCGAACUUGUUAAUAUUUUGCGUAAUGUAUGUUUAAAACAAGAAUACAAAAUUUAUUGCUACGUAAGAUUCUGUUGUUUUUUUUUCCAUUCUCAUCUCGAAUUAUAAUCACAGUAGUAUAUGCUUGAUGAGGAGUCUGCGGAAUGACGAGCUCUAGACUCUGAUUGGCUGUUAAGUUUUCCCUUGCUAUUAUCAGUAACAUGUGAAACUGUCCAAAAUUUGGAACAGAAGAUUUUAAGCACCGGAAUAUUUAUUUCAAUGCCAGUACACUGUUGCCGUUGUACCGUUUGUUGUCUUUUUUAGGGAAAGUAAAGUAAGGAUAGUCAAUAAAAAUAUUGUCAAAAUUGUUGGAUGUCAGCUUUGUUUCAAAGUGUUUUUAUGUUUUAUCUGAAGUACUUUGCUCUACAAUUUUUUUGUAACUUGUAUCAAAUAAGCGUAAAAUUUAUAUAAGAAUUUUUAUGAGUAGUGCUCUAAUGUAAUCUUCAGUCUAAGUAUUUUACUCAAAACUUGUAUAUUUUACGUAACAUAUUUAGACUUAAAUAACUUUAGAAAUAUCUGUUCAAGUCAGGAAAUUGAAAUCUAAAACACGUUCAACCAAAACUGAUUUUGUGUUAAGCUCUAAAUACAGAAAAAGCAAUAUGGCGGACGAUUUGGAUGACAAUUUUUGGGUCAAAGAAGACAUCAGCGAUGAGAAGAUUGAAACCAAAGACGAGAAUGAAAAUACUCAUUCUGAGAGUG